AUGGCUGACUGUACCAUCGACGAAUACAUGGUUCCCGCAGGGACGCGUGUCGUCGUCAAUGCAUGGGCCAUUGGGAGGGAUUCAAGCUCCUGGGAGGAUGCUGAAGAGUUCAUACCUGAAAGAUUUACAGAUGAAGGAAAUGCUAGGAAUGUCAACAUUAAGGGGAAUGAUUUUCAUUUCUUGCCAUUCGGGGCAGGACGAAGGAUAUGCCCUGGUAUAAACCUCGGAAUCGCCUUUGUUGAGCUUAUGUUGGCAAACAUCGUGAACCAUUUUGACUGGGAACUUCCGAUUGGGGUUGAGAGAAAAGAUAUCGAUAUGACAGAGGUGUUUGGGAUAAGCAUUCGUGGGAAGGAGAAACUAUUGUUGAUUCCAAAGUCACGCAUGUAA